UGCGGCCGCCGGUCCCUGGGGCUCCCCGCGGGGCGGGGGCGGGUGCUGCUGCUUUCUGUCGGCCCCCUGGGGGGUUUCAGCUCCUUGACUUAUAGGUGGUCCUGAGUUGGGUUUGUUUGUUUGCUUGUUUGGGUUUUGUUUUUCCCCCUUCUGGAAAUGAGGUGCAAAAAGUUCAUCCUGAAACUAAAAACUUGGCAGCCAUGAAAGUAGAAUGUACAGCAGUGUUGGUGUGUUCCUGGAUUUUUAGACUACUGUGUGUGAUCUUAGAGGCUGUCUUACUUAAAAGUACUUUUUAUUUGUCUGCUGACUUACAGUAUUUUCAUGUAUUAGGUGUGGUAAUGAGCAGAUGCUAUAGUAUUGAAGAUUCCAUAGCUUCUUUUUGUUCUAUUUUUUUUUCAGUGGGAAAGAGAGAACUAUUUUUUGCUGUUGUUUAAAACAAGUGUCUGCAAACAAGUGAACUGAUACCUCUGGCACUCACAAUUCCAAACAAGAUGAAGAUCCCCUCUUUGCUGCUGAGGUUCCCUCAUUGUUAUUUCUCUAGAAGAACUUACUUCACGAACUUUCAUUUCACUUCCAGAGCUGAUUUCCUCUGUGUUGAACCUCUCAUGCCAGUGCACCACUGUCGUACAAAAUGGAUGUGUUCAUCAAAUGGUCUGAGGAGACACCUGUGUCAACAAGUUGCCCCUGACCAGCAAAUAGAGGGGCUUUGUGACAGAGAACAAAGACUUGUAGACAGACUUUACAAUGGACUAAUCCAGGGUCAUAGAGCCUGUUUAGCAGAAGCCAUUACACUUGUAGAGUCCACUCAGAGUAGGAAGAAGAAAAUAGCCCAGGUGCUCCUUCAGAAGGUAUUAUCCUACCACAGGGAACAAGAAAAAUUAAAUCAAGGAAGGCCACUUGCCUUUAGAGUGGGAUUGUCUGGUCCUCCUGGUGCUGGGAAAUCAACUUUCAUAGAAUGCUUUGGGAAAAUGCUUACAGAAAGAAAAUACAAAGUGUCUGUGUUGGCUGUAGACCCUUCCUCUAGUACAAGUGGUGGUUCUCUAUUGGGUGAUAAAACACGGAUGACGGAGUUGUCAAGAGACAUGAACGCAUACAUCAGACCAUCUCCAACCAGAGGGACACUGGGGGGUGUAACAAGGACCACAAAUGAAGCCAUUCUGCUGUGUGAAGGUGGAGGCUACAAUGUUGUUCUUGUGGAAACAGUAGGUGUGGGACAGUCAGAAUUUGCUGUGGCUGAUAUGGUUGAUAUGUUUAUAUUACUGCUACCACCUGCGGGUGGAGAUGAAUUACAGGGUAUCAAACGGGGUAUAAUUGAGAUGGCAGAUCUAGUUGCUAUAAAUAAAGCUGAUGGUGAUUUAAUUGUGCCUGCACGGAGAAUACAAGCUGAGUACGUUAGUGCUAUGAAGCUGCUUCGCAAGCGUUCAAAGGUUUGGAGACCAAAGGUAAUGCGCAUCUCUGCCAAAACUGGAGAAGGUAUCUCGGAUAUGUGGGAUAAAAUGACAGAAUUUCAUGACCUUAUGCUCACAAGUGGUGAGUUGAUUGCCAAGCGACGGAAACAGCAGAAAGUGUGGAUGUGGAAUCUCAUCCAAGAAAACAUGUUGGAACACUUCCGGAGUCACUUAGCAGUCAAGGAUAAGAUUCCACUUCUAGAAGAAAAAGUACUUAGUGGUGUCUUGUCUCCUGGGUUGGCAGCUGACCUGCUACUGAAAGCAUUCAAAGAUGGUCUCUAAGCAUUAGAUUCUAUUCUGUUCUUGUUAAGUGCUUUGUGUAAGCGUGAACAUUAAAUACUGUUUUUCUA